CACUUCCUUCCUCCAAACACUCAAAUCACUUCAAGUGGCUUGCUCCACUUUACCGCCUACUGCAGCCUCCGAGAAGCGAUGAAGGACGUUUUUGUUCUGCUGGCUGCACACGCUAUCAAGGUGUUGUCGCUCCCCUAUUAUGCUGGGCCUAGCAGAAAGUGCAACAAUCCGGAUCGUGAGUACUUGCUGGAGGCUUUGAGCCUGUGCUGCAGGAAGUGCCCACCUGGGUGGCGAUUGACGCGGGACUGCAAUGAAACAACAGAGAGUGUGUGUGAACCAUGUGAACGCGACCAAUACAUGGAGAGCUGGAACUACGCCCCAAACUGCUUCCUUUGUGCUAAGUGCAAAGCUCACAAAGGCCUGCAGUUUGCCCUUGCCUGCUCCUCCACCGUCAUGUCCAAGUGUACGUGUCAACCCGGCAUGUACUGCAUCAUGGAAUCUGAUGAGCAACGCUGCACUGAAUGUAUACACCAUACUUCAUGCAAAGCUGGUUACGGAGUCUUAGUGCCAGGAACAGCAACCUCAAACGUGAAGUGUAAAAAAUGCAGUGACGGAACGUUCUCCAACAUCUCCUCUGCAGUGGAGCCCUGUAGGCCUCAUAGAAUAUGUCACGGGAGACCGGUCUUAAAAGAAGGAACAUCAACCUCGGACACUGUGUGUGAAGAUCAUCUACUGCCAAGUGGACAUGCCAACCAAAGUGAAGGAACAAUCACUCCAACAUCACCUGGCUAUGUCCCACCAUAUUCAAAAAGCCUUGGCGCUGACAAGGAACUGGUUGCAGCAGUCGCCAGUGUUGUUGGUGCGGUCAUUUUCUUCAUCUUGAUCGCCAUCAUUCUUCUGAUCCUUUACAAGACAGUAUGGAAGAAAGGCACUGCAAGGUUGCAGCCUAAAAACAAUGGAAAUGAAAAUUGCAAGAGUGGUGAUAAAGUCAGUCAGGGUCACUUGGAUGAAACUGUGCCAACUGCGGUCCCUUUGCUAGAGCAACAUAGUCUGCUGCAGAGUGUGGAAGUCAGCGGGGAUUCAGGUCACUGUAGCAGCAGCAGCAGCGGCAGUGACACCACCAGCGACACCAGCAGUCAGGAGUCCUCCGAACCCCUGCAGUCCACCGUAGCCCUGCACCAGUCUGCUGUUUCAGAGACCGCCAUCCAACCUAAACAGCCCCCUUGGCCUCAGAGCCCUGACCCCGCCAGUCCGCACGUUAAUGUCAACAUCACUUUCAACCUUGGGAGUGGAGACUCACACUACAUGCCGUCUGCAUGCUUCAUUCAGAGACACUCUGAUUUCCAACUUGGAGAUGAGGAGGAGAAUAUGAAGUCCUUCAACAUGCCACAGCAAGAAGAGGGAAAAAAUUCAUCAGAGCAGGAGAGUGCUAAUGAAAAAGCAUGA